UUGAUUUCUUCAUUCCAGGGCGAACUUGAUUCUGUUCUUACUCAGUUUGACAAAGAGAUCGAUGCAGCUUCAGUUCAUCAAGGGAAGCAAAUCAUUGACAAGUUGACUGGUGCAUUAUACCUGGGAGAUUUGGUUCGUCGAGUGCUUUCCCAACUGGUACUGGACCGUGUUCUUUUUGAUGGCCACCCUUGUGAGAAACUGGACGAGCCUGACACGUUCCCUACAAAAUACAUCAGUGAAAUACUCGCUGAAGAAGAAGGCAGCUACAAAGCGUGUCGUCGUAUAUGUGAUGAGCUCGACGUGCCUAUGCAUGGUUCCAGUGACUAUCACAUAAUUCGUGGAGUUUGCUAUGCUGUGUCAAAUCGUAGUGCAGCUAUCGUCGCAGCAGCAAUCAGUGCUUUACUUCGCCAUUUGGACGUGGAAAAAGUGAAGAUUGGUGUAGGUGGAGCGUUGAUUCAGUUCCAUCCUAUUUACCAUAAGCUACUGGAGGAGAAAUUAGCUGACUUGGCUCCAUUAUCGACUGAGUGGGAGCUGGUGCCUGCAGAUGAAGGAAGUGCUCGUGGUGCUGCUCUUAUUGCUGCUGUAGCCGAGAAGAUGAAGCUGUAA